AUGUUCAUGGAAGCCUGCGUGGAAGGUUACCCGCUGCCUCUUGCUCCGGUGAAGGAGGGUAGUGGCAGACGAGAGUCUGAGAUGAGAAGGUCGAUAAACCAGUUGGUUCUGCUGCAGAAUAAGCCGUUCGUAGCCAUUUCCGCAUCCUUCUGA